AGUGGUCAGGCUGCUGGUUCAGCUGUUGGGGGUUUGGAAAAGCCUCAGUUGAGCUGUUAGAGACUGAGAGCACAGGUUAAAUAUAGAGCAGAGGCUCAGUCCUGAUGACCAGGAACAAACCGGCUGAACAUCCUGAGGUCGAAAAACUGAAUUUAAACUCAGCUGAAAAUAAAAAGAAAAAGAAAAGAAAGAAAGAGUCGGUUCUCUCCUAUCGACCCGGAGCAUAAAGACCAAACUAGGAGAGGACGAAGCUUCACACUGAGAAGGAGAAUAGGAAGAAGCCUGGAUUUAAGAGGAGAGUUAAAGGACACCGAUGUAGAAUCGAUAAAGACCGAGGAGCAGCCGUGACACUUUGGACGUCCUCAGAGACCAGGUAAAAGAUGCGAUCCAGGAGCUGCACCGUGGAGGGGCCCGAUGACGGACACAUCAAACCCACCAAAGGCUUCGUCAAGCAGGAGGAGGAGAACACGCCGGCGCUGACGAAGAGGAAGAUGAAGGUCCAGAAGGACGAGAAGGACGGGAGGACGGUGUCGACCGGGUCGACCAAGAAACCUCAGAAAGCUUCAGAGAGCAAGAAAGAAGCAAAGACACGUCUGUCGGAGAAGGAUCUGCUUCACCUGCUGGGAGUCAUGGAAGGAGAAGUUCAGGCCAGGGAGGACAUCAUCAGUCUGCUGAAGACGGACAGAACCAAACCAGAGGCUCUGGAGGCUCGUUACGGAUCAGCUGUUCCCAUCAAACCUCUGCAGGCGCUGGAGAGAGACGCCCUGUUGAUGCCGGGUCCCAGAGUCACGGAGGACGUCUACGAGAAGCCCAUGGCUGAGCUGGACCGCCUGGAGGACAAACAGAAGGAGACGUACAGGCGGAUGCUGGAGCAGCUGCUUCUGGCCGAGAAGUGUCACCGACGCACCGUCAUGGAGCUGGACAACGAGAAACGCAAACACGCCGACUUCAUGGACAAGAGCGACGACUUCACCAACCUCCUGGAGCAGGACAGGGAGAGACUCAAAAGGCUGCUGGAGCAGGAGAAGGCCUACCAGGCUCGUAAGGACAAGGACCACAGCAGGAGGCUGGAGAAGGUCAGAGCGGAGCUGGUGAAGCUCAAGUCAUUUGCCCUGAUGUUGGUGGACGAGAGGCAACUGCACAUCGAAAAGAUCGACCAGCAGACGCAGAAGGUCCAGGACCUUUCCCAGAAGCUGCAGGAAAAAGAGCAGCGACUGUCUGAGGUAAGCGAAGCCGCCAAGGAGGACGGCCAGAAGGUCCUGAAGCUGGAGGCCGAGCUGGAGCACAGAGCGGCUAAGUUCGCACAGGAGAACGAGGACAUGACGGCCAAGCUGGCUGAGCAAGAGUCCCAGAGCCGGCAGCUGAGGCUGAAACUGGCCGGGCUGGCGCACAAGAUCGAAGAACUGGAAGAGAGCAACAAAGUGCUGCAGAAAUCAGAGGAAGACCUGCAGGAGCUGAGGGAGAAGAUCAGCAGAGGGGAGUGUGGGAACUCCUCUUUCAUGGCUGAGCUGGAGAAUCUACGCAAGCGAGUGCUGGAGAUGGAGGGGAAGGAUGAGGAGAUAACCAAAGCAGAGACUCAGUGCCGGGAGCUGAGGAGGAGUCUGCAGGCUGAGGAGAACCACAUCAAGGAGCUGAGGCUGGAGGUGGACAAGCUCCAGAAGAGGAUGGUUGAGCUGGAGAAGCUGGAAGCCGUGUUCAACAAGAGCAAAACCGAGUGCUCUCAGCUUCACGCCAACCUGGAAAAAGAGAAACGCGUCGUGAAGGAUCUGGCCGGCGAGCUGGAGAAGGUGAAAGCUCGUCUGAAGGAGCUGGAAUCCUCCGAGUCCAAGUUUGAAAAGACAGAGAUGGUCCUCAAAGACGAGCUCAUGAAGCUGAAGUCCUUCACGGUUCUACUGGUGGAUGAAAGAAAAAACAUGGCGGAGAAACUGAAGCAGGAAGAACAGAAGAGCGACGACUUAGGCAAGAUGUUCAAGGCAGAGCAGGGGAAGGUUACGGAGGUCACAGAGAAGCUGAUCGAGGAGAGCAAAAGACUUUUCAAGUUCAAAUCAGAAAUGGAGACGCAAGUGACGACUCUGGCAAAAGAGAAAGACGAGCUAAAAUGUAAACUUGCAAGUGAAGAGGAAAAGUGUCGGGAGCUAAACGACAAGUUGAGCAGGAUGAAAUUAAGAAUGGAUGAGGAGGCAGAGAGGGAAAGGCAGAGAAAGAGCAAGGACAGCAAGAGAAAUCAAGAUGAAGACAACAAAGUUAAAGAGCUCACGCUGGAAAUCGAAAGACUUAAGAGCAGACUCAAACAACUGGAGGUGGUGGAGGGAGAUUUAAUGAAAACCGAGGAUGAGUACGAUCUACUGGAGAAGAGAUUCAGGACAGAGCAGGACAGAGCAAAUGUCCUCUCGAAGCAGCUGGACGAGAUGAAGAGUCAGAUCGCCAGAAACAAAGCCAUAGAGAAAGGGGAAGUCGUGAGUUCUGAGGCCGAACUGAGGAUUCGCUGCAAGAUGGAGGAGGUGAAAACCAGAGAGCUGAAGGCGGAUGUCCAGGCCCUGAAGGAGAAAAUACAUGAGCUGAUGAACAAGGAGGACCAGCUCUCUCAGCUGCAGGUGGACUACUUGGUCCUCCAGCAGAGGUUCAUGGAGGAGGAGCUGAAAAAGAAAAGCAUGAGUCAGGAAGUAGAGAAUCUCACCAAGGAGCUGGAAGCAACCAAACGCUACAGUCGCGCCUUGAGGCCCAGCACUAACGGCAGAAGGAUGGUCGACGUCCCGAUUACCUCAACGGCCGUCCAGACGGACGUGAUGGUAGCUGAGGACGAGACGGCAGCAGGCUUCAUCCGGAAAUCAGUUCUGGAGGAGAACCACUUAAUGAGCAACCUCAGGCAACAUGGCCUAAAGAAGCCGACUGUCCUCGAAAGAUACCCUCCGGCAUCGGCAGAGCUCGGGGCGAGAAAAUCUUGGAUGCCCUGGAUGAAGAAGAAGGAAACCAGUCCUGAGAGCGCCAACGGGGCGCCGCUGCUGCCUCCGCCCGAUAUGACCAUGUCCCAGAAGCCGGGUCAGCCGCUGCACAUCCGAGUGAUGCCGAGUCACGAGAACAGCACGGCCACCUUGGAGAUCACCAGCCCACGAGCGGAGGAUUUCUUCUCCAGCACCACCAUCAUCCCGACGCUCGGUCUCCAGAAACCUCGCAUCACCAUCGUCCCCAAACCCACGACCGUGACCUCAAAGGCCAAGGCCUGUGACGCUGCGAGGGGUCUGGAUCGAGUCAAAUCUCCCGUCACAAUAACCGCCAUCUCCAGGGCAAAGAGCCCGGACAAGAACUCUCCGGUGUCCAUCAUCACAGUCAGCACCACUCCUGUUUCUGAAGCUUGUGUUUCGUCCGAGCCGCAUGAAAACUCUGCAGGCCGCGCGGUGAUCACGAUGACCCCGGAGAAGCAACUCGGACCUGCACCCGUCAGGAAAUACAACGGCAACAGCAACAUCAUCACCACAGACGACAACAAGAUCCACAUCCACUUGGGUCCCCAGGUGAAGAGGCCGUCCGACGCCUGCAGCAGCCACUUGCUAACGCUGAGGCCAGUCGGGCCGAGCUCGGAGGGCAAAGAAACCCCGACGGGAACGGUGCUGCGCUCUCCACGCCAAGCCUCGACGGCGAAGACGACCCAGGGCAAAAUGACGAGCAGCAUAACGAUCACGCCCGUCUCCUCAGCAGCAUCCAGGCCGACACAGUCCGUGUUGCUUCUGAAAUGUUUCAAAAUGAAAUCAGGAGUUGUGUGCUUCCUAAAUAGCCCUCUCUCCAGCCCAUUUCGGACAUGCAGUCAGCUCGCACCGCCACCACCACCGCCGCCGCCGCCGCCACACGGAUCCCGGUCUCGAAAGGUCUGAGGCCGAGCGGCGGGAAGGCAGUUCUGGGCGUGUCCACGGUGACGAGGUUAGAGACACGGGCCGAGAGCCAGGCCGUGAAAAUCGAGCUGAGGAAGUCGAUGGCGUCAGGAGGAAAGAGCUGAGCGCGGCGCCACGGCAACAUCCCACGACCGAAUCAUGUUCCCAAACACAACAUUCAUGAUGUUUUCAGCUAAGAAAAAGUCAUGUCAUUUGGGUCAUGUCACUACCUUGCCCUGGUAGUUUCACACUUUUAAUCCCAUCAUUCACACUUUCCACAGCGUGGGGUUUAUUUCCGUUUAAUGUGAACGGUUUAAAAAUCACCAGUGACGGGCACCAAAAUAAAGUCUAUUUAUCUCUGAA